AUGGAGAUCGACAAGAAAUCACCCGCGGACACGAUUGACGAGAAAGAUGUGCAAAUUGGCACUAUAACGGAUCUCGAUGAAGGAGAGGUCUUCCUCCGCCAACAUGGAUUCAACCAAGAGGCCAUCCAGGCACUCCUGGAUGACGAGCCACGCAACAAGGCAUUGGUCCGCAAAGUAGAUCUUGUUUUGUUACCUUUACUUUCUGGAACGUAUAUGCUUCAGUAUAUCGACAAAUCAGCACUCGCCUACUCUGCCGUAUUCGACCUUCUCUCUUCGACACAUAUGUCAAGCAACCAAUACAGCUGGCUCGCCAGUAUCUUUUAUUUUGCAUAUCUCGUCGCCGAAUACCCAUGGAAUAUCCUGGCACAGAAAACAAAGCUUGCCAAAGUCGUCUCUGGGAACAUUAUUGCCUGGGGAGCCAUGCUCAUGAUUACUGCCGCCUGCUCCUCCUUCACUGGAAUGGCUAUCUGCCGCUUUCUUCUGGGAGUCUUCGAAGCCCCCAUCACCCCAUGCUUUAUGAUGAUGAUCGGAAUGUGGUACACACGUGCUCAGCAACCGUUCCGUGCCGGUGUCUUCUACAGCUGCAACGGACUGGGAGCUAUGGUAGGUGGCAUUCUCACAUAUGGAAUUGGACAAAUCGACACCAUUGCUGUAUGGAGAGCGAUUUACCUCAUUCUGGGCGGCAUUACCCUCGUCUGGGGAGUCGUGAUGCUCCUCUUCCUCCCGGAUGACGUUAUCUCAUCGAAGCGUUUCACCCUGGACGAAAAGGCCCUCCUCAUUGGCCGCGGUCGACUCGGCCAGACCGGUAUCAUCAAUCACCAGAUCAAAUGGCAUCAAAUCCGUGAAGCUUUCAUUGAUCCACAAGUUUGGAUCUUGUUCUUCUUCACUCUUCUGAACGAGGUCGUAAAUGGUGGGAUCGCGAGCUUCGGAAAACUAAUUAUCAGGGGGUUGACCAAUGACUCGGCCACUGCUAUCGCUUUGGGUAUUCCCUUUGGAGGAUUCCAGAUCUUCUACGUCCUAGGAGGAACAUAUCUUGCAUCUCGAAUCAAAAACUUCCGAACUGUCAUCAUGUUCAUUUACUUGAUGCCGACUGUCAUCGGCGCCAGUCUCCUAUGGAAGCUGGACCAUCAGACAUACAAGGUCGGCGUGUUGUGUGGUUAUUAUAUCAUUGGUGCUUACGUCUGCUCUUUGGUACUGGCUUUGCAGAUGCCGGCGACAAACCUGGGUGGUUAUACAAAACGUACAACCAGUAUUGCCUUCGUUUUCUUUGCGUACUGCGCUGGCAAUAUCAUUGGACCCCACGCGUUUCUCGCAAAGGAAGCGCCCGUAUACCAGACCGGAGUCAAGCUCAUCCUGGCAUGCUCGUCUGCGCAAGCUGCUUUGGCUGUUUUGCUGCGGUUUGUGCUGGCUCGCAGAAACAAGCUGCGAGAUGCUGCUGCUUCUGCUGUGGGCCAUAUCGAGUCAUCUGUCGACCAGAGUGCUGGGGCAGAUCUAACUGAUUUCGAGAACCCAAACUUCCGAUACGUUCUUUGA